GACGCCACUAUGCACCGACUGACAUUGCGUGCAUGCGAUCGAGCGUUUUAGUAAAGUAGCCUAACUUUAGUUAUAAUAAUUUAUAAUAAUUAAUUAAUCAGGCAGUUCAGAAAAUCGCUUUUUACCACUGCAACAUGAAAUUCACUAUUAGCGCAGCUAAACCUGAGGACUGCAAGAAUAUAGAACGUAUGAUUAUGGAAUUGGCUGUUUAUGAAAAGAUGCCCGACCAAGUAAAGAUAUCUCAUAAAGAGUUGGAGAGAGAUGGAUUUGGCCCAAAUCCUUUUUACCGGUGUCUUGUAGCUGAAGUACCUGAGGAGCACAAGUCUGAAGAUGGAAACACCACCGUUGGCUAUGCUAUCUUCUUCUAUACGUAUAGCACCUGGAAAGGCAGGACUGUGUAUAUGGAAGAUCUGUAUGUGAUGCCUGAGUUUAGAGGUAAUGGGAUUGGAAAGGCUUUACUGGCAGCUGUUGCUAAAGAGGCCAAAGACCAGCUUUGUUCACGUUUGCAGUUCUCUGUUCUUGACUGGAACAAGCCCUCUCUUGACUUUUAUAUGGCUAAAGGUGCAGAGGACCUCACUGCUAAGGAAGGAUGGCAUUUUCUACGCUUUCAUGGAAUGGCUCUGGACAAUCUAGCACAGGAGGCACCUUAAAGUGUUAGACAUCUGGGAAGUUUACAAGUCAGUAUAGGAAUAAUUAAAGGGCACCUAUGAUAAAAAUAUUCUUUUGUAAGCUGUUUGGACAAAACUGUGUGCAGGUAUAGUGUGUCCACAGUCUUAUUGGGGUGAUAUAAACACAGAAAGUCUCUCUUUUUUAAAUUUCCUGAUGUUAAAUUAGGAUCCAAAUCCCACCCAUUUUGAGGCUAACCGCAACUUGACGUAGGAGUGCGGUUUCCCUGCCCACUAAAUUUAUUGACAGCCGAUUAUUAACAUGUCUCCGUAGUAACGCGUAUAAUCAAGUCAACAAGACAGGACGUGCAUAAAAAAAAUAAAUGAGUGAUGUAAAGGGGAAGAAGAAAAAAAAAUUGCACCUGGAAACCCUGUUUCUGCACUCCAACCGAUUGAUGAGCAAGACAUUCAUGCUGCACGAACCAGAGAGAGAGAGCGAGCAAGAACAAUUAUGCCGUAAAAUGGUUAGACUAUUUACUGUUGGAGUAUGAUGUACCGCCAGAAAGUUUAUCAGCAAAAUCCCACUCAAAUGCAGCAAUGACAAGGUAAGCUAUAUGGCUCAUUAUAAAUUAUAAAUUCAAUUCAAUUAUAAAUUUACCUAUACUGCAUGCGUUUGGACUGUGAGGGACAUGCAAACUUCACACAGCAAUGCCAACUGACCCAGCUCCAGGACAUGAUGGAUUCGCCUCUGCUGCUGAAUGAGUGUAUGGGUGUUUCACAGAUUUUUGGGUGUAUUCAUCAUUUACUCACCCUCAAGUUGUUGAUUUUUUUUUUUUUUUUCUGCUGACCACAAAUGAUAACUCAAAGGACAAAGCAAAUCAAAAACUUGAUAGUCCCCACUGACUUCAACAGAGGAAAAAAUGCUAUGGAAUUUCACACCAACAAUGGCUUAGUUACCUACUCUUCCAUAUACCAAAUGAUGUUCGCUCCAACCUUAAAACAGAAAUUUUAAAUUUGCACAUUUAUGCCGAACCAAAUAACAACAAAAAUCAUGUAUUUACCCAGUUUAGCAAUGGAGAAAAGAUAACUGGAAGGGGUCAUCUCCAGGGGUACCUUAAACAGAUAAAGAGAAAAAAAAACUAUGAAAAUGUGCAUUUUUAGCUGCAGGGUUAGUCUUUUAUGUGACUUGUUAAGAUGCAUCACAUUUGCAAAUUUGGUGGGAAAAUAAGAUCCAUUUUACAUGGUCAAUUGUGCACUGAUGUUCAUCAGUGUGCUUAAAUCUCAUCCUCAGAAACUUGCAAAAGAGUCAAACUCUUGAUCGCAGAUUUCUACUGAAAUAUCUGAACUGUGCUUAGACUCUAUAUCGGUCAUCUGUACUUACCUGUGGCCUCAUGCCUGAGACAGAGUCUAAUACCAAAUUCACACUCAAAUAAGUAACUGAAACACUUUUGAAAGAGACAUUUGUGUCUUUACACAUUACCGGUGCUGUUCAGAGAAGUAUAAAUGCAUUUACUGAAGAAUUACAAAUGUAUAAUUUGAUUUUAAGACAUAUGGUGAUGUAAAGACACUUUUACAGUAUAUUAUACUGCUUAAGUUUGUGUAUCUGUGCAUUUUUACAUCAUGUAAACAUUACAAAAUACAGAGCUGUUGUUUUCUCACCUUUCUCAACAAGAUUAUCAAGGAGGAUUAAAGCUUGCUCUGUCCAAAGCAACCUACAAUGAACAAACAAACAAAAAAUUAAAUAAAUCACAAAUUAACAUGAGCUGACAGACAACAUUUAUCAGUUGAGUGGUCACAGCAUCACUAAAAUCUCACCUGAAUUGAAAACUGGGCAAGUACAUGUAUGUUUAAGGGCUUUGUAUUGUUGUUUAUUAGCGUACAUUACUACUAUUAUUAUACAAAGCUAGCAGAUGUUACAAUUCUUA